AUGGCGUUCAGCGGUGCCCAGAUUCUCGCUGCCUUCACCCUGGGCUUUCUUCUCAUGGCCUUCUGUGUGGAGGCUAAGAUAUGCACGGCCCCUAGCAAGUGGGGCCAAAUGAGCACUUGCAAGACCACGGCUUGCAUCGGGGCCUGUCAGUACGAGCACUUUAAGGGUGGGUACUGCUCCAGCAACGACGGCAACUACUUUCACAUACCUAAGAGAAAGACGUGCAUGUGUACAUAUGACUGCUGGAAAAACCCCACCACCACUGUCAGAACCUACGUGCAUAAGGCACCGGGUGAACCCGAGGUGCCCAAUCCUAAGAAGAAGUCGCCGCCAUAUGAACGUGAUGUGCCGGAGCCGCCCUCGGGAGAAAACAAGAAGAAAAGCUUCCGCCAGCUGCCAACCAGUGAGCAAAUGGUCUAG